AUGCGGGUGGAGCAGGCCGCGAGGGUGACGGGCGUGACCCCGAGGCCGCCGCCAAAGUACGAGAAGACCGAGUGGCCCCUCUCCAUCGUCUUCGUCUCCUCGGAGGUGACGCCGUGGUCCAAGACUGGGGGCCUCGCCGACGUGUGCGGUUCGCUGCCGAGGGAACUCGUCAAGCGCGGCCACCGCGUGAUGGUCGUCUCGCCGUACUACCAACGGGGAACCAAGGAGGAUAAGUACUUCGAGGGUGCGUUCGACACGUGCUCCAACGCCUCGGUUGGGUGCUUCGGCGCCGCGCACGAGGUUGGGUUCAUGCACCAGAUUCACGACGGCGUCGACUUUGUAUUUGUGAAACACGACUGCUACGAGCGGCCGGGGGGUAUCUACGCGGACGCCAUGGGCAACGCGUGGGACGAUAACCAGUUCAGGUACACGCUGCUGUCGCACGCCGCGUGCGAGGCGCCGCUCAAGAUCAAUUUCGAGGGUAAGGGAACGUACGGCGACGAGGUUGUGUUUGUCGCCAACGACUGGCACGCGGGUCUCGUGCCGCUCGUGGUGGCGUCCAAGUACCGCCAGUACUGGAACACCUACCACAACGCGCGGACCAUCACCGUCAUCCACAACAUCCUGCACCAGGGCAGCGAACCCGCCACGACGUUCCCUAACCUCGGAAUCCCCGACGACUGGUACUGGUGCCUCGAGUACCAGUACCCCGAGCACAUGCGCGCGCACGAGCUCGACCUCGGGCUGGUGGUGAACAUCCUCAAGGGCGCCGUGGCCACCUCGGACCGCGUGCUGACCGUCUCCGAGGGAUACGCCGAGGAGAUUUGCACCCCGCUGGGAGGCAAGGGCCUGGAGGGGAUCCUCACCGAGCGUAAGCACAGGCUGGACGGCGUGGUGAACGGCAUCGACCUGGACGAGUGGAACCCGGCGAAUGAUCCGCACUGCGAGUUCCCUUACGACGUGAGCAACCUCGCGGGGAAGCUCAUGAACAAGCGGGCGCUGCAGCGGGAGCUCGGGUUCGACGUCCGCGACGACGUACCUCUCCUGGGUUUCAUCGGUCGCCUGGACUGGCAGAAGGGACCCGACCUGAUCCGCGACUCGAUCGCCGAGAUGAUGAACGAGGACGUUCAGCUGGUGAUGCUCGGCUCGGGCAUCGGCGAGCUCGAGGGAUUCAUGCAGUGGGCGGAGGCGACGUACAACGACAAGUUCCGCGGGUGGGUCGGAUUCAACGUCCCCGUCGCGCACCGCAUCACCGCCGGCUGCGACAUCCUCUUGAUGCCCUCCAGGUUCGAGCCGUGCGGCCUGAACCAGCUCUACGCCAUGAGGUACGGCACCCUGCCGAUCGCGCAUGCCACCGGCGGCUUGAACGACACCAUCACCAGGCACAACCCGUUCGCGCUGGACGAUCCGGAGGUGGCGGUGGCGGCGGCGAUCGCGUCCGACGAGGGAGAGGACGGGAACAGGGAGAUGGCGGACCUGGGUCCGGGCACCGGCUGGCUCUUUGACUCAAUGGACACUUGGAGUUUCAUGUACUGCGUGUCAAACGCGUGCAAGCUGUUCCGGGAGAACCCGAGGAUGUGGCGCGCGAUGCAGAUCCAGGCGAUGUCCCAGGACCUCUCCUGGUAUCACGCGGCGCUCAAGUGGGAGAAGAUCUUCGAGUGGUCGAAGAUCGACCCGCCGCACUGCGAGAUCAAGCAGGAGCACCACCACCACUACUGA